CGACUCGCAGCGACGCUGGAGCUAGCCCAGCUCGCUCAAACCUCCCGUCUCCCGCCAACUCGGAAACCCAUGACGUUCAAUGCACCUGUCAGGACUCGUUGUCCAUCACUAAUCCACGGAUACAGACGCGACGAUGGUUGAUGCCAGACAUGUGAUGCCCAGCUGAUUUGUUUGCAACAUCAUUCAAUCCUUUCCCCUCACCUCUUCGCUCCUCUCCUCUCCUGUCCGACCCGAACCGAGGAGCGCCAUCAUGUCUCCGUCUCCAGAGGCCUCCAGCAACAUUCGAGUCUUUAUCCGCUGGCACGACCAAACCGUCUUUGCCGGCGAGGAAAUCAAGUGCACCAUCACCUUCAAGAACAUUGCUCGCGAUUCUUCCCAACCACGACAGCCCCAGCGACUCGCACCCCCCGACCGGCCUAGGCAAGUCUCGCCGCUGCUGCGAGGCAAGCCCAGCACCGGCCUAACCCCGCCGAACUCUGCUCAAACCCGCGGUCACCGAUCCGCCCUAUCCCUCAACGUACCGGCAGCCCAGUCGCGUAGCCGCGCAGGCUCGAUACCAUGGCCCUCAUCACAUCCCCCUAGCGCCCUCGAAAAUCGUGGCAACGGCCACAGGAAGUCCGUCUCCAUUGUGUCAAUUGGCUCCACAAGCACAAUACCCGACGACAACCAGAGCAAUGCCAGCUCUGUGAAGGCGCAUCGGCCUGCUCGCGGCCACGCGCGAGCUUCCAGCCUCCAGAUAGUCCCUCGCGGAGCUGCUCUGGGUCUGGGGCUCACCGCGCCUCAGUCUGCAUCACCAAGGCACAUUAGCUCGCCUUUGUUCAAUUCAACUUCCGCUUCCGACACACCUUCUGCGACCUCGCGAUCCUCCACGUCACCGAAUACCCCCAGCGCGGAAGGCACACAACGCCCCGUGAGAUCCCCCAACAACGCGCUGGCGGAAUUUCGGUUCCCAAUGGUCCAGUCUCCGGUAUCAGAUACCCAAAGCACACCUAUAGCAGAACAUCACGACGGGCUGCUGAGCCCGAACUCCGAAGUGCCUCCGAGCCUCGCUAUACGAUCCAAAGAUGGCAUCCCUACCAACUAUAACGAGCAUGCGACUCCGGCCAUGCGUAUACUGUCAACGACAAGUAUGGGAGGUGGCACACCGCGUAGCAGUGGGGAGUUUUACUCGAUGAGCAACAACUCGACAGAGACACUGGCUUCUGAGUACCCAAUGCAGCCCACAAGAGGUCCGAUGCGGCCGCCGCACUUUCGACGGUCUUCAAACCUCGCAUCCCACCAUCCAAAGCAACCGGAGUCGUUGAUGAUGGGUUACGCCCAGAUCCAGGGCUCAUUCACCCUCGACGGUUCACUAAUCAACCUGGGCCCCUUUGAGCAAGUCAAACGAAAGGCUGUCGUAGGCGGCCAAGGAGGUGGUGUUAUUGGAGUGGAUUCUUCGAAGCGGGACAGUGGACUCCUUCGAAAUUUCGGUUGGGGAAGCAUCAGCAACUCGAUUGGGGAGUUGCUUGGAGCCGGCGAGGUCAGCAGCAUCAAAGACAUGCGUGGCAUCGCGAGCUCCAAGUCCGUCCCGCUGCUCUCGACUCCUCAGUCGAUUCUCUUCGUGGAUCUGAACCUUGCUCCGGGAGAACAUAAAGCUUUCGAGUACUCAUUUCAGCUCCCCAAGGGACUGCCACCGACACAUAAGGGAAAGGCGGUGAAAAUCUCAUAUAACUUAGUUAUAGGCACGCAACGAGCAGGCGGCUCCAAAGAACAGCAAGUACGCUCCGUCGAGAUACCCUUCAGGGUGCUGGGUAGCGUGAACAACUACGGAGAGAUCUUAGGCCACGACCUCAUGAACCCCUACAUUAUCCUCCGCGACCAGGCAAAGAUCAAGGCCGUCGAUAAGCUGUCGACACUCAACGAGAUCAAGAAGCUGAAGACGCCGGUAGCGGAUACGACCAUCAACGACUUCCUCAUCUACGUCGACGAACUUCUCACGAGACCGCGUCAAGGUUCUAGCGCAGGCCUGCUCUCCCCCACAGCGUACCCGGGGUCUCGACGUCCAUCGAUGUUUGAAGAAGCCACGACCGCCACGGAGGCCAUCAACCUGGCCAUCAUGCGUAGUAAUAUGGCAUCUGAGGGCCAACAAAGUCCCAAUCGUUUCGAGAUCGCCCGCAACGGACAGCGCGUCGGCGUUGUCAUGCUCACGCGCCCCUCGUACCGUCUAGGUGAACCCGUUACUAUGGCCAUCGACUUCACCGACGCCGAGAUUCCCUGUUACGCAGUCCACUCGUGCUUGGAGUCCGCUGAACGAGUCGAGCCCCAUUUGGCCAUCCGCUCGGAGGCCUCCAUUCACCGCGUGACGCGCAAAGUCCACGUUUCCGCCUCGGAGGCGACCCUCUACUCGCGAAGGAUGGUCUUCACGCCAACCAUCCCUAUUAAUGCGACGCCCGAAUUCGUCACGACGGGCGUGUCGCUCGAGUGGAAGAUCCGCGUCGAGUUUGUGGUGCCGAGCCAGGAGACGGAGCUCGAGCGCGAGGCACCCAGCACGCACCCGCUGCUGGAGGAGAUAUCACGGGACGAGCGGGGAGGCCUGGUCCUCGUGGCCGUCGAGAACCUGGCAUGCGAGAGCUUCGAGGUGGCGGUCCCGCUGCGGGUAUACGGUGCCGUGGCGACGGGGCUGGAAAAGCUGGAGAGGGACGACGCGCUAGAAGAGGGCCUUGUGGUUUGACCGACCCCGACGCCUGAAAAGGUGCGGAUGCUCUUCACCACGGCGGCGGGUUUCGGCGGAUUCCAUGUAGAACAAGCAGGUUCACUGCGGCGUUGGAUAGAAAAUCCUUGUUUUUAUAACCAACUUUCCCUCCCCUUUAUUUCCUUUCUCUAUUUUUUGGAACACGGCAACAUGUCAAACAAAACCACAGAACUCUUCCAGGAGGCGGCAGUCUAGUCUGGUUGGAAGCAAGGGGCGCCGGCGAGGGGCGCAUCCUUCUACUUCGGCCUGUACAUAAUCCAAUACGAAUGAACAUGACGCGCGGCCGGCUCAGUGGGCUCUACGGAGCAGACAUCAGACUUUGCAUCACGACUCCAGGACGGUGAGGAUGUGAAUGAUCAAAAAACGGGCGAGGCCUCAUCGUGUAGUAAUGGUACCGGCGUCCGUUGUUUCCACAAGACAAAUAUGAAAUUAACAGGAGCGCCAACCGUUGGGGGGAAAUGCAGGAAACCCAAGCAAGUAUGUUUACUCAAAAAUCCAAGACACGAGGGAGAAGAAGAAAAGGUAAUUCCAACGUCUGGGUCAAUCUCUUUCCCCUUUCCCCCUUUCCAAAUCCACGCGCUAUCCAUGGCAGUUCGUCCCCAACCUUCCGUCAUCCCCAAUUUCCUAUGUCCCCGCUACGCUGUCUGCUCCCCAUUGUGUCCUUGGGCAGACCAAAAUAACAAACUCCGUGCUCCAGUUCGCCUCCGCCACUUCGUCCGACCCCCCCCUGUAGCGGGAUCUGUGUUCUUGUAAUUGAAAAGAAAAGGAAAGGUUUCACUCCCGCUCUGCUGCCGCUGCUGUUGUCUCGAAGACUGAGUAGAAUAAAUAUUGAAUGCGGCGAGUAAAAUAAAAGUUGGGUUCUUGCGUUGCCCCCAAUCCGCCUGAAUUAUCC